UUUGUGGUCAACUUCAACUGUGGAGGUAGAAAUUAAUCAAAUUUUUGAGACUUGAGAGCCUUCUUGGACUAUAUAUAAGUUGGAAAAGUAAAUCUCGAAUUCUUCCAACAAUUGCUCUGAGAGAUGGAUAUAUUGAAUAUUUUUAAACAAUUCGUGAACAUAUGAAGUAUAUUACAAUUGAAAACUGUAAUCAUUAUCAUUCAAUCUACUAUUGAGAUAUCAAAAUGCCAAAAAACAAAUUGAAACUCACUUUACCUCCUGGUUCUAUUGAUCAAUGUUCUACAACACCAACAAAUGGUUUCAAUGAUAUGCAAAAACAUGAAUUGACUAUAGGCUCCAUAGAUCAUUUGACUGCAAGAUUAGAAGAAUUGGAUAUGGAUGAUAAACAAAUUAAAAAAAUUGAAAUUUUUUUGGAUCAGAAAGAAAAGAUAGGGGUUAAUCUAACAGAUGAUGAUUUUGAGGAUUUAGGAGAACUAGGUUCAGGCAACGGAGGUGUUGUUAUCAAAGUAAAACAUAAAACGAGUGGAUUAAUAAUGGCUAGAAAACUGAUUCAUUUGGAAGUAAAGCCUGCUGUUAAAAAACAGAUUAUUCGCGAAUUAAAAGUUCUACAUGAGUGUAAUUUCGCUCACAUUGUUGGAUUUUAUGGAGCUUUCUGUAUUGAUGGUGAAAUAAGCAUCUGCAUGGAAUAUAUGGAUGCUGGAAGUUUAGAUUUGAUAUUGAAGAAAGCUGGAAGAAUUCCAGAAAGUAUUUUAGGCAAAAUAACUUCUGCUGUUCUCAAAGGAUUGAGUUAUUUGAGAGAUAAACAUUCAAUAAUUCAUAGAGAUGUGAAACCUAGUAAUAUUCUAGUAAAUAGUAGUGGAGAGAUUAAAAUUUGUGAUUUUGGUGUCUCUGGACAACUUAUAGAUUCAAUGGCUGAAUCUUUCGUAGGAACAAGAAGUUACAUGUCUCCUGAAAGAUUGCAAGGAACCCAUUAUUCGGUUCAAAGUGACAUAUGGUCCUUAGGUCUAUCCCUGGUAGAGAUGGCUAUUGGGAUGUAUCCCAUUCCACCGCCUGAUGCCAAAACGUUGGCUGCGAUUUUUGGAUCACAUCGUGACGCCAAUGCUGAACCAAUUUGUCCAAGACCAAUGGCAAUUUUUGAAUUGCUCGAUUACAUAGUUAACGAACAACCGCCCAAACUACCUGCAGGCAUCUUCACCGACGAAUUCAAGGAUUUCGUUGAUAAAUGUCUCAGGAAGAAUCCCGACGAGAGGGCGGAUUUGAGGAGCUUGCAGAAUCACAGCUGGAUCAAAAAGUCAGAGACUGAAGAUGUGGACAUUGCUGGUUGGGUAUGUAAGACGAUGGGCAUCUCCCAACCCGACGGUUCAAACGAUAAUAGAUAGAUUGUUUUGAUGUGCUUCUUGGCAUCUUGAGGAUGUUUUUUUUGGUUUAAGCAGUCAAACAAGAGCUGAAAGCGAUCAGAAGGGCUGGGAGUAGAUGCUCCAAGCGCCACUUCAUUAUGUCGUCGGCAAAAAUUUAUUAUCGUUUUAAUCGAUUCAUUAGCCCAUAGUAAUAUUGAAAAAACUCAGAUUUCAUACCAAAUAUUGAUGGACAAUGGAUCAUCAACUUGACGGGCUUCUGUGACGUCAAACUACAAGACUGUGAAGUUAUCUGUAUGAAUUCUAAUAAUUACAUUACUUGAAUAUUUUAGCAUACAAUUCUGUAUAGAGAUUGUUAGGUAUUCUAUAAUGUAUUACAUGGCUAAAAUAUGGAUAAUUGAUUGAAAAGUACACUCAGAAAGGAAUUAGAUCCCCCAAAUAUCUCAUUUGUUAGUACAAAAGAUGUUACUCCAACCAGUCUUCAAUCAAAAAAAUAUUUAGUUAGUAAAUUUUGUUUGAAUUUCUUGUGGACUUUGGAAAGAAAUAUCAAUCGGCAAUUGAAGGCAGUGAAUAGGGUCAGUAUAACUUUCAACAGUUACAGUGUUGAAAUCCUCAGAAAUUACUUCCGUAACAAACACUAAUAAUGGUCAAAUUAUUUUAUGAGUUGUUGUGUAAGAGAGUUUGGUAACAAGGUAUUUUAGGCGAACUUUCGUACUUGAGUUAUUACUUGUCUAAAUUAACUGGACAUUAUAUGAAUCAUGAUGUACAGCUAUGUGCUACUUAUCCUCAGAAAAUUUUCAAGAAUAGAGAAUUGACUAUUUGUUUUGGUUAGUGCUCAGGGGAUAACUCGCUUGGCUGCGCUAUAUCUCUCCCAUUCAAUUUUGGUGUAUGUUAGUACCGUAACAUUUUUCUGUAGGUAUCUUGGUAUCUACCAGAUACUUUGGUUUCUUUCAUUUUAUAUUUAGUUUUUACUAGAAUUUGAUACAAGUCCCCUAGUUUUGUAAAUCCUUCUUCGAGGUCUGGGAUUAUUCUACAGAUCUCACAACACGAAAGCAUGUGCCUUUUCAUCUUAAAAGUUGUAGGUGUGGCAUUCGUAGUUGGUAUGUAUGAAUUGCUUUUUAAUCUGAUGUUAUUCUUUUAAUUUUGCUAUGAAUAGUUUUGGUGUAUUUUGUCGUAUUCAAUGUGGAAUUUAUCUUUAUACAUCGUGUUAAAGGAUACUGUUGAUGUAUCAAAUAUUUUAUCUAUCAUCUCCAAGGUUUUUAAAUUUCAAGAAUAAUUUCUCUCCAACUAAUACCAAUGUAGUCCUCUCUGUCAGAUGCUGAUGAUUCACCAUUUUCAAGGCGAUCUGUGUAUUAAUUUUCACAUUACAAUUUAUCAUGAAUGCUUAUUUCUAUUUGGAUGUUAGAGGGUUAAGUAAGACACAGUUUUCAUGAAAUUCGACAUUUUGAAAUAAUACACCAAAGUCAGGAUAAUUUUGAAUUAUCGCCUACACCUAAGAAAAAUCCUACCUACCUUCAGACAAAACGUCUGAACACAUUCUGGGUGUUUACACUAUGCCGGUAUGCAUAUACAAGGGCCAAAUGAGAAAAUUUAUUUAUGAAGACCACACCCUUAUUAAAGUGAAUAUCUGUGCACUUUUGGCUUCACAUAAUUUCCAAAGGAUUUUGGAAAUUGUGGGGCUAUGCAUUUGAUGAUAUAAAUGGUUCAGCAACUAACUAGUUGCGUUCAUCGAUUUAUGUGCCCUACAAAUCAAGCCUGAGUAAUUUCAUUUGUGAUUUCUGGAAAGUUUGAGGUUGGUAACUUUACAAGUAAUAGUAAGAUAGAAAUUUGACCAUCAUUAGGAGUCAUAUUAAGGAUGUAAGUCGACAAGUAAUCUGAUAUCAUAGAAGUUCCAACCAAUCACUUAGAAUUGGCGAAAUAAUAAUAUCUGGAUUGUUUAAAUCUCAUGAAAAAUGAGUUAUACCAACGGUGAUAAUCUGGUAUAAAAUUUAUAUGUUGCAAUAAAAUUUGCCAUAUUUUAUGCUAUCUGCGUUUAUCUAUGGAGUGUAAUUUUACAUAAAUAUGAUUCCAAUUAGGACAGUAGAACACAUUAGUUAGACACUAUCUACUCUUUUAUGAUAAAAGCUAACUUUUUUUAGUUUUACUGUUACAUAUUGAUACUUGGAAUAAAAUGUUUAUACGA